UGUCCUAGACUCGUUCUCCGCUUCACCAAUCACCACUUCCAAUUCUUCAGAACUCAGACACUCCCAGCUGGUCCCUGUCUUUCCUAUCUUCUCUUCUCUUUCUACUCUCUUUCCUGAUAUUUUGAAGAAACAGGACGAAGAUGGGUCUCAAUGGGUUAAUGGUUAUAAUGGUUCUGGGUUUGUUGACGGGGUCUUCCAUCGCACAGGCACAGGCACCGAGUGCCUCGCCUACAGCUGCCCCAACCGCAUCUCCACCUGCAUCUUCGCCUGCCCCGGUUUCGUCUCCUCCAUCCUCUACACCAACCGUUAGUCCUCCGUCACCAACACCAGCUCCAGUGUCUCCACCGACUGCCACUCCUACUCCUUCUCCCUCGCCUUCUUCACCGUCUCCUUCUCCCGUGUCGACUCCGGCUUCCGCCCCUUCUCCAGUGACGGAAACCCCAGUUUCAUCUCCAUCUCCGUCCGGUUCAAUUCCAUCAUCGCCUUCAUCGUCUCCCUCUCCAUCUAGUGGUUCGUCGGGGAGCCCAGCAGACAACAACUCUGCUAUGGGUUCAUUGAACAGAGUCACCGUGGCCGGAUCUGCAUUAGUUGGUACCUUAGCCGCUGUUCUCUUGAUGUAGAUCUGUUUCCAUCGACAUCAGAGCUUGUUGUAUCGGCCGUAGACCUUUCUGUGUUAGAGAGGGCUGAGUUGCAAUUGCAGUGCUUUAUUGUCUAAUUUCUGUUUUCUUUUCCUUGAAUUACAAUUUACCUCCAUUGUAUUGUAUUUCAUCUUCCUUUUCUUUGUAUUUUAUCCAUUUACUUCAUGUUUAUUCAUCGUGUAGUGGACAUCUAUGAUUAUUUUUGGGAAUUAUUCAUUUUUUGCUGACUCGAUGAUCUUGGAUUGGGACAUGCGAGUUGAUUUGAAGGGGAAGAUAACUUGAGCCAUGGAUGGUGGUGGAUGAAUCCGAUGAUGUACAUGAGAAAAAUAAAGCUUUUAUUUGUGCUGUUUUAUUUA